AUAGUUUUAUAAUUAAAUUUCCGUUAUUUUAGCGUACGAAUUACCUCGUGUUGCGGCAAUCAAUGUGCAAAGCAACGCAGAUUCAAUAGAAUACCCCGUAGGAAGGAGGAUCUGAGGAUCGAGCGUGCUGUUUUAAAUAUACAUAUAUCGCUGCAACAUUAUAAUGCAUCGUUAUACGUCCUUUAUGUCACGAUAAAAUCGAUAAUCUGAAGAAUAGCACACUCAUCGGCUCAACCUCUCGAGUCAAGGAAAAUCCCUGGAUUAAAUGGACAUUGUCAACUAAAUGGGUAUCCUGUAGUUGCACAUUUUCACAUCCUGCUUGUGUACGUGUCAAGUCUUCCGAUAUCCUUCGCGCCUUCUCUACAGAAUAAUUAGAUUGCACUUCCUAUGCACUGUGUCAAUGUCCAUUUAAUUAGUAUCUCAUUCUAAGAAAGCAGGGAUCAGUGCGUGGCGUUGGUCGAACGGUUAAGUAGUUGUGUCUCAUCGCGUUCAUAGAGAUGAAGAAAAAGCAUUGCUAAGUACAUCGAUCGCCGCGUGUCUCUUCUGAAAUGCCGACCCGUUGUUCUCGGCGAAUCGACAGAGUCGAAUUCCGAGAUGUUAAUGACCGAUAUGCGUUCGAUCGAUCGCGAACGCGCGGUUAUAUAAAAAAAAAAGAAAAAAAGAAAGAAAAAGAGAGAGAAAAAGGAGCUAAAGAAAGAUGGAAAGCGGAAUGGGCUUACCCUUUGGCUGUGUUCCCGCAAAAGUGCUAAACUCUCUAUAUGAAAAACAUUGUUUACAGACCGACAGUUUUAAUACCCAGUGCCAUAUCCCCCAUACCCCCGCCCCCUAGGCGCAAUAGGCGCAGGCACAAACUUAGGGUACCCUGCAGCGAAUGUCAUUGUCCCAUCAAGCCCAAAAGCAACAACCCUAGCAAGUGUCCCACCCUAUAUCCCCUCGUACGGAGCAAGUCCGCAGUGGUACGCUCGUUGUACAAAAAGAUGUGUACGCCAUUCACGAGAUCGCAGACCGUCGACGAGAACAUGCUGAGAUAUUACAGCUCCGAGACCAGCGAGUACAGCGUUUCCGAGGGGUACAUACUCAAGCCAGAGAGACUCGUAGCUAGUAGCGCUAAGAAUCGUAUACCGGCGAUAUACGUCGAAGAUUGCCUCCGCGUCAACUUUAACGAUCGUUUUGUGGAAAAGUUUCGCUCUAGGUAUUCGACGCCGUAUCUCGCAGGAGGAUUUGGUACGUUGUCGCGUGCACGUAACGAUUCCGCGGUGAUGAGAACGACGACGUCGACGACGACGACGACGACGAUGACGAUAACGACGACGACGACGACGACGACGACGACGACGACGUGACGACGAGGACGAAGACGAGGAUAAGGCAACCGAUUGUCGAUUCGAUCGACCUCCCUGAUCAUUUCGAUAUUAGGAGCAUAGA